UCUGGGUGCGGCGAGUGACUGGAGAGGCUGGACUGGUCCCCUUUUCCCAAAAUGGCUUCGUUGCUACAAUCCGAGCGGGUCUCCUACUUAGUCCGUGGCGAGAAGGAAAUUCGCGCGCCGCUCUCGCAGCUCUAUUUCUGCCGUUACUGUAGCGAGCUCCGCUCCCUUGAAUGCGUCUCUCAUGAGGUGGAUUCUCACUAUUGUCCCAGUUGCUUGGAAAAUAUGCCAUCAGCUGAAGCCAAGCUGAAGAAAAACAGGUGUGCUAACUGUUUUGACUGCCCAUGCUGCAUGCAUACCCUCUCCUCCAGAGCAACAAGCAAAAAAACUCCGCUCCCUGAUGAUCCAGCUAAGACUACAAUGAAGAAAGCUUAUUAUCUGGCCUGUGGCUUUUGCCGCUGGACAUCAAGAGAUGUUGGCAUGGCAGAUAAAUCAGUUGCCAGUGGAGGUUGGCAGGAGCCAGAGAAUCCUCAUACUCAGAAGAUCAAUAAAUUGGUUGAGUACUAUCAACAGCUGGCUCAGAAGGAGAAGAUGGAAAGAGAUCGAAAAAAGCUGGUUCGGCGCCGGCCCUAUAUGCCACUGGCUUUUUCGGACAAAUAUGGCCUUGGCACCAGGCUGCAGCGUCAGAGGCCCGGAGCACCAAUCAGUGCUCUUGCUGGACUCUCGCUGAAAGAAGGAGAGGACCAGAAGGAGAUAAAAAUUGAACCGGCCCAGGCUGUGGAGGAAGUGGAACCUCUGCCUGAGGAUUAUUAUACAAGACCAAUCAAUCUAACAGAAGUGACAACCCUGCGGCAGCGCCUCCUGCAGCCAGACUUCCAACCCAUCUGUGCUUCUCAGCUUUACCCGCGUCAUAAGCACCUGCUGAUCAAACGCUCAUUACGGUGCAGGAAAUGUGAACACAAUUUGAGUAAACCAGAGUUCAAUCCUACAUCCAUUAAAUUCAAAAUCCAGCUAGUAGCUGUCAACUACAUCCCUGAAGUGAGAAUCAUGUCUAUUCCCAAUCUGCGCUACAUGAAGGAGAGUCAGGUUCUUCUGACUCUAACUAACCCAGUGGAAAACCUUUUUCAGGUGGUGGUUCCUACCAAGGAGCUUCUUCUGGCUGGCAAAGAUGCAGCAGCAGAAUAUGAUGAGUUGGCAGAGCCUCAAGAUUUUCAGGAUGACCCCGACAUUAUAGCAUUUCGGAAGGCUAACAAGGUUGGCAUAUUCAUCAAGGUUACUCCACAGAAAGAAGAGGGAGAAGUUACUGUAAGUUUUAAGAUGAAGCAUGAAUUUAAAAAUCUCGCUGCUCCAAUUCGGCCCACGGAGGAAAGUGAUCAGAGCUGUGAGGUCAUCUGGCUCACUCACCACGUGGAGCUCAGGCUGGGCCCUCUGCUUCCUUGAAGACUGUCAGUAAUUGGAUCCUGAAAGAUGGCCAUGUGCUGCACCGUGUCACUGUCGUAGAAGAACGUGUCCCAGAUAAAUGUUGAAGGCACUGGUUCACAGAGCUUCCUUUGGAUGAGAACACACACCACAUGUAUCAGCCAAAAGUGGGGGAGGUGGGAUUAAAGAGGAAGAGCCAUGCCUCCGAACGAUGUGUGCCUCUGCUUCUCUCUUUGCAGUGCCUACUAAGAUGGUUUUCUGACUAUGCCACAUAUCUGGUCAACUUUACAGCACGAAACUCAGUGUACACACUUGUGGCCAUCUAUGUACUUGCAUUAUGUUUUGAUCAAAUCACAUGAGAUUUCUUGGCAAAGCCAUUCUUUGUGUCAACUUCAUAAAGCUAGAGCUAGAGAAAGCCAAAAUCUCUUUCUAGUAGAUGGAGUUGGCAAGACAAAUUUAUUCCAAGGCUGCAGUACCAUCUUCUUGUAAAGCAGCCAGCAGCAGGAUACGCUCUCGCUUACCAUCCUCGGUUUCAAGUACUAAAUAGACAUUCUGAGGAACAUUCUAUUGUCCUGUACAGUUUAUUAAGGAAAGGCCAUUAUGAAAAGCAAACGGCACUUUGUGUAUCCUCAGUAUUCUUUGGUUUUGGGGUUUAAUGUUUCUGCCACUCUUUAGCUGGGAGAUCCAUGUUUAAAAUGAAACAGGUUAUAGGGCAGUCAGUAAGUGAAAAUGCUGCUGUAAAUGACUUAUUGAAGCUGCAGGGGGUGCUGCAAGGAGAUUGGAAAAGGAGGCACUUGUUUGUGUUCGUGAAGUUAUUCCUUUAAAAAUAGUGUAUGAACCAAAGAUAUUUGAAGCUUUUUGAUAGGUGAGAUCACUUUUGGUAUGUGUGUUUCAAUCUAACACCAUGUGAGAAAGCAGCAACCAUCACCCGCUGGGCAUUUUUCCACUGUAUGUACUUAAGACCCAAACCACUAUGAGCAUGGCUUUCUGAGCAGCAGAUUAAGUGAAUAAAUUGUUAUAAUCUACGAAAUACCCAAGGCUUGGCUCUGUAUUUUGAUUGGUAACCCUGAAAUCAGUAUUGCCAUGCCGCACGCACAGAGACUCUUUCAACACAUGCAUGUCAGUUAAGCCUUUUGUUUGCUAGAGUGCUGAGAAGAAAUGCAUUGGAACACAGUGGGUUUUUUUUAACCCGAUGGUUCUAGAAAUAAGCAACAGAUACAAGUAUUAUGAAUUGAGGGUUUGAUGUGCAGCAUGCAGCAAAUGGGGAAACUGUAAAGAUCUUGGCAAUGGGAAUAAAUGGCAGUGUGACUAUACAGAAUACUCUAGACAAAUGGAAAAGAUGGUAUACUUAUUUCAAAUGCAGGCAAACUAUUCAUUUAAGUACAUAAUUGGAGACACACUAAAUGGAAAUGGUUGGAGAAGUGCUUUUUGUAGAUCGCAGAUUGUUCAGAGGUGUAUUUUAAAAUGAUCUGCAUUUGUCUGGAAGCAUUUGGAUGAAGGUUGCGCCUUAUUUUCUAGUUUGUGCAAUGGGUGGUUUAAAAAAAAACGUAAUGUUUACAGGGCUUGUGUAGACUGUAUAAUGUAAAGCAUGAGAUUUAGAAGUCUAGCCAGUGUUUAUGCUUAAAUGUGUAGUGUUAGUGUCUGCUGUCCUCAAUUUAUAAACUAAAUCCAAAUAAUUCCUGAUUUAACCUCCCCCAAGCCACUUCUUGGCCAAGUAAUAUUUUGCAAGUUGAAGAUAAGAGCUGAGAUCUUGCUGUGCUGAUAAAAUUAAUAGUCCUGCUCGUAAUGUGUAUAGGAUAUGUUUUGGAGGCCAUAAGGGCUGGUUCAAAAACGGAAGAAUAUAUUGGAUUGUAACAACUUAGUCAAGGGAUUUGUUUCUUUUUCUUGUUUAAUCUUACAAAGCAUAGGAAUUACUGUUGGUAUGUAUUCCACACAAUUCUGCAGAAACAUCUCACUGGUUCUUCACAAGAGGACACUGGAAGCACUCUGCCUUACUGUUUAAUGUAGUGAACUUUGAAAUAAAGAAGCAGCCAAA